AUGGCGUCCCGAAUCACACACAACAAUGGUGUUCUAAGAACAGAGCGCGAGGUUCGCGAUGAAGAACAACAGCCUCUGCUUCCCCCGUCGACGGCGCAAGCCUCAACAGCGCCGAAACCUCCGCCAAAUGGAGGCCUUGAAGCCUGGCUAACCGUCCUUGCGGGUUUCUUCAUUUUCAUGAACUCUUGGGGCCUUUCAAGUACCUUUGGCGUCUUCAUAGAACAUUAUCGAACGCAGCUAUUGCCAAACACAUCGUCUUCGACCCUAGCAUGGAUUGGCAGCGUGCAGUCGACAUUCGUCACUAUCGUAGGACUUGUGACGGGACCAUUGACAGAUCGUGGCUAUCUGCGACCCGUCAUGUUAGUGGGCCAUUUCAUGGUCAUUUUCGGCAUGUUCAUGCUUUCUGAGUCGACGCACUAUCAUCAAGUGCUGCUGGCCCAAGGGUUCUGCGUCGGGCUAGGCGCAGGGGCGAUCAAUAUCCCCGCCUUUGCCAUCAUCUCGUCCAAGUUCACGACGAGGCGACCGAUAGCUCUAGGCUGCGCUUCAACAGGUGCCAGUAUUGGCGGCAUCAUCUUCCCGCUCAUGUUCCGACGACUGGCACCUCAGAUCGGCUUCGGUUGGGCAGUACGCAGCAUCGCGUUGGUUAAUCUGGCCGUCUCCGUCCCCACGCUCCUCAUCUUAUGUCGCAAGCCAGGUGUGCCGUCUCAGAAGGCGAAGAUGAUCGUCGACGUUCGAGGCUUCCUCGAGCCGGUCUUCGGCACCUUCGUCGUGGCCCUUUUCUUCCAAUUCCUAGCCUAUUACAUCCCUCUCUUUUACCUCACCACCUACGCGGCCGUCAAGUUAGGCACGGGGAAGGACUUCGCCUUUGACCUCCUGGCCAUCAGCAAUGCUGCCUCAUUUCUUGGUCGCACUGUGCCCUAUCUUCUCGGCACUCGUGUCACGCCCAUCCAGACGCUCAUUUUCUGGGAGAUGGUUGGGGUCGCGGUGCUUUUUGGGUGGAUGGCCGUCACUACGGUGACCGGCAUGGUACUAUGGACCAUAGCGUGGGGUUUCCUCUCUGGUGUUCUUGUCACCGCGCCCGCCGCGAGCACCGCGCAUCCGACUCUAAGUCCUAGUCUGGACGUCAUUGGUGCCCGUCUUGGCAUGAGCUGGUCCACGGCUGCGGUGGGUGUGCUCAUCGGCGCCCCCAUUGCCGGCGCGUUGGCAGAUAUCGCCAAAGCCGACUUUGUGCGUGCUCAGGUCUUUGCCGGGAGCGCUAUGGCGAUUGCAGUGGUGCUCAUGGCGGUGCCUUUGAUGGCCGCGCAUCGCUUCAACAAGCAGAAGAUAACUAGUUAG